AGCUUAAAUGUAGUGAAUGAAAGAGAGGUGGAGGUAGUGGAGGAAGGAGUGCUGUGGGGGAGGCUGUUUGUGGGUGGAGUAAUUCAGAGAAUGCGAGGCUCUGCCCUCUCUCCUUCCACUCCUCCUCCUCCGGGUGGAAAUUCAUCCUUCAGGCUCGGUAGCGGACAUUUGCGUGGAGGACCUCGGGAGAACGGUGCACGUCCAGUCGCAGAGGUUUGAGGUCCGGAGAGCAGCCGGGUGUCGCAUCCACACACCGGUCAGGAUUUCUGACCACAGCGCGGGAACAAAAGAUGUGAUUUCCUGCUUUUCUUCUAAAAAUCUUACACAGUUUUUUCACAUCGGUUCCAGUGUCGGAUUUUGGAACUGGUUUUUAUGUCACGUCUGGCUUCUGGUCCGUGUGGGUUUUUAAAAAUCAUUUGAGAAGUGUUUCCUGUGCGGCUGCCGCUAAGUUUGGAGCAGCGGAGACAAACCGUCGCCUGUCAGAACCGGGAGCUCUGACACCGAGACCUCUGCCUAUAUUUGUCCGUCUGACUGCUGCGUGAAGCGGAAGGAGGAAAGCUGAGCUCCCCCUGUCGCCACCAGACUUCUAGCGCGAGGAAGAGGAAAGGAGAGAAGCAGUUUUUUUUCUUUCUUUUUUUAAAGCCUCUUGACAAACGGGGAGGAAUAUAAAAGCUGGAGGAGAUUUAACGCAAGUCAGAGACGUUGUCUCUCAUCAGUCAGUCUGAGUCAGUCACAGGGACGACAGGAAAAUACCAGCAGAUCUCAGCGGGACUCCUGAACCACAAACACAGAGAGGAAGAGGAGGAAGAAAAGAAAAAGAGGACAAAAGAGAGAGAUAAAGGCGCCGGGCGAGUAGAGGGGAGGGAGGUUUGAAAGGACGGAUUUGCUUUAUCUGUUGGGGGUGCAUGCCCCCCCGAGACCUUCCCCUCCCGCUUGGACAUCCUCUUUUUUCUGUGAUUUCUGCAUCAGUGACGGGCUGACAAAGGGUAGAGAAUGUGCAAUAAACUGAGCGUGGGACGGCUCAGGGCAAGGGGGGACUUCGUCACACCACCCAGGACUAGAGUCUUGCUACUGGGCUUGGUUCUGGCCGCAGUGGGCUGGCUCCCUCCGCCCACCUGCGCAGAGUUGGAGAUGGACAUGCUGGGCGGCAUGGUGCUGAUAGAAGCUGGUGGAGAAGGCGAGAUGUUGGGCGGAGGAGGCGAGCUGGAGGCCUCCAUGAGCUCCUCGCUGCUGCGCGACUUCCAGGAAGCGACAGAGGGACUCCAGGUGAUGGAAGCUGCAGAAUCCGCGGCGACUCGACAGAACCCAGCCACGCCCACGGCCUUCCCCGACUCCUCCGCCGUGGUGGGAAGAAUCUUUCAAUUUAAGGUGCCAAACAAGAUGGAGGAUGUUUACCUAGGUGACAUCAUCAAGAUUACAGAGAUGGGGAAGGAUUUCCUUCCUGCUUGGCUGCACUGGGAUUCCAGCAGCAGAAUUCUGCAAGGUCUGCCUUUGGAUGAGGAUAAAGGAGUCCACUACAUCUCUGUAUCCAUCUCCAACCAUACAAAAGCUUCCUCUUCUUCAGAGGUGUUUUCCAUUGAAGUGCACCCUGAAGACCACAUGGAUACAGAUCCUGCCCAGACACUCUCCAACCUAGCUUCCACCAAAGAUGACGUCCAACCUUUCAUGUGCGGUGGUGAAGAGCCAGUCACGGUGCUGACCGUGAUCCUGGAUGCUGAUCUGACGAAGAUGAACUCGGAGCAGAGGAUAGAGCUCCUGGAUAACAUGAGAAGCUUCUCUGGGGUGGGGCUCCAGCACAUGAAGAUGCUCCCUGUCGUCAACAACAGGCUGUUUGACAUGUCAGCGUUCAUGGCUGGGCCUGGGAAUGCCAAAAAGGUGGUGGAGAACGGCGCUCUGUUGUCAUGGAAGCUUGGCUGCUCACUGGAUCAGAGCACAGUUCCAAAUAUAAACAGUGUCCAGGGUCCUGCAAAGGAAGGCACAAUGUCAGCGAAGCUGGGAUACCCUGUGGUGGGGUGGCACAUCGCCAACAAGAAGCCCCAUGUCCCUAAGCGUGUUAGGCGUCAGUUAAACAACACUCCAACACCUGUUUUGGCUGUGCUUCCUCCAACAAUUGUAGUGGAGCCACCAGUAAGGAUUAUUCCUACCCUCUCUUCUCCAUCUAUUGCUGCACCAACGGAAAGUUCUGCUCCUCCUGUAAGAGGGCCGGUUCCCCUGCCUGGAAAGCCUACAAACAGAAUCCGUGACCCUAUUGCCCACACCCCAACAGUGGGGCCUUCUCUGCCAACAAGAGUGAUGGAGACCACCAGCACCAUUUCCAUCCAGCCAACAACAACCCGGCCUACUUAUGUGGAAGCCACCGCCAUACCCCCCACACCCACCAAAAAACCCACCAGAAGACCCAAGAGGCCCAAAACCACUCCAGCAUCCAGAGACCCCACUAAAACUUCAACUACCAAGCCAUCCAGGCGCACCACUCCAUCACCUGGUGUUGUUCUUGAUCCAAACAAUAAGGCCCCGAUCUUGAGUAAUGCUGUUGACAAGGUCAAUGCAUUCGUGGGCACUUACUUUGAGGUAAAGAUCCCUUCGGAUACGUUCUUUGACAAAGAGGAUGGAACAACAGAUAAGCUGCGACUCACUCUGAGACAGAAACACAAUGAAGUAGUUGGGGAAGGAUCAUGGAUCCAGUUCAACACAACCAGCCAGCUCCUCUAUGGCCUUCCUGACCUCCAACAUGUGGGGAAACACGAAUACUUCUUGCAGGCAACUGACAAAGGUGGCCUUUUCGCCAUUGAUGCUAUUGAGGUCUGUGUGAAUCGCUGGCCUGCCAAUGACAAAAACCCUGCAAUUUUCACAGCCCGCUUCGAUGGAGAGCCACGUUCAGUAACCAAUGACAUCAACAAGAAGAUCCUUCUAGUUAAGAAGCUGGCUUAUGCACUGGGGGACCGCAACAGCAGCACAGUGACUUUAAGGAAUAUCAGCAAAGGGUCUAUUGUGGUAGAGUGGACUAACAACAGCCUACCACAGAACCCAUGUCCAAAGGAACAGCUCACAGUAAUGAGCAGGACCCUCGCAGAUGCCAAUGGAAGACCCUCGCAGGCCUUCAGGUACUCCAUGGAGCCUGAAUUCAAACCACUGGAUGUUAAAGUGAAAGGAAAAGCAAGCUGUCGAGCAUUUUCUUUCAUCCCACCAGGAGAAAUUGACAUAGUGGCUCCCACGACAACGAUUAUAGGUCAGGAAUCGGGCCGACAGAGCACAGAUGACGUGUACCUUCACACAGUCAUUCCUGCUGUGGUGGUGGCAGCCAUUUUGUUGAUCGCAGGAAUCAUUGCAAUGAUCUGCUACAGGAAGAAGAGAAAGGGCAAACUCACCAUCGAGGACCAGGCCACCUUCAUUAAAAAGGGUGUGCCAAUCAUCUUUGCAGAUGAACUUGAUGACUCAAAGCCUCCGCCAUCCUCCAGUAUGCCCUUGAUUCUCCAGGAAGAGAAGCCUCCUCUUCCUCCCCCUGAAUAUCCCAACAUGGCAACACCAGAGACCACCCCCUUAAACCAGGAGAUGCUGGGGGAGUACACAGCUCUCCGAGACGAGGACCCCAAUGCGCCGCCCUACCAGCCGCCGCCUCCUUUCACCACUCCCAUGGAGGGCAAAGGCUCCCGUCCCAAGAACAUGACUCCCUACAGAUCUCCACCUCCCUAUGUGCCACCCUAAGACUUGUUUAACCCCACCCUGAAGGAGUGGGGGUGAAGAGGAUGCCUGAGGAACUGUGACGGUUUCCAUUCUGGUGUUUGUCUGUCUGGACAUUUACAGGGAGAGAUGACAAGAGGUGCUAUAGUACACAACAGCUACAGGGGGGCUUUGCUUUGGGAGGGGGAUGACUGGGUCGGGUGGGGGUUUUUAUGGAGGACAGGUGGGAUGGCUGGUUGAAACAGCUGGGAGUGACUACUGUUUUAGUGGUAGCCCAGCUACUACAGUGGCCUAAGACAAAUUCUCGUCACACUGGGCUUUUGGUUCGACUAGUUGGUCAGAAGCUACAAUGACUGGGAGAAACACUCUCCCAUCCCAGCAUUUUGGUUUUCCUCAGAUUUGGAUACUGGAUUCUACUUUUAUUUUUCUUUCGCCUCUUUUCUCUGAACUGGAGUGUUUUCCUAACAACCUUCUCCUGUCUCACUUUGAAACAAUACGAAAAGACGGUGAACUGUCAUCAGACCACUGCAGGCAGCAACUCAUGUUUUUAAAAUUGGAGUGAGGUUCUCAAUGCCAGGAAAGUUAUCACGAGGAUCUCAGAUCACCCCUGCAGACGACACGAGAGAAUCGGAGGCCAGAGUGUGUGAGUGUGUGUGAACAAAUGGGUGUGUUUAUUCAGAUACAAUACGGUUUGCCUUUUAACAGUAGUUGUCUGUUUCUAUCCUUAUUCACAAUGUCUAGUAAAGCUGAGAAUAACAAGGUAGCCUAAGUAAGAUUUAGAGAUGAGUCAUUUUUUUUUUUUUUUUUUUUUUUUUGGUUUUUAAAUUCUCAGUUUAUCUGAAAGACCUUCUACUAGAUUGUUCUAUUUUUCUGGUGGUGGAAGAAAUGGGAAAGAAAAGGAUUGCCUCGCUUAAAUAAGCUGCAGGAGAUUUUUAUUCCUGUUUUUUUUUUUUUUGUUUGUUUGUUUUUUGUUUUGUUUUUUUUUUUGUACUACACCCAGUAUCUCAGUUACAGUGUGCUAAAUGCUAGUUACGGCUCCCAGCAGCUAAUCAGAUCCAAACAGGACAAAGUCGGCCGGGGAAUUUGACGGGAGGAAUUUGAAGUUUUACUGAAUGCAAACAUUUAUAGUUUUAUGUGCAUUUCAGUUGAACAAUGUGAAGUUAGCAUAACUAUAAUAAAGGUGGAAUACUAUGGAAUGCCAUUUUUAUUGCUAUUAGAUUAAACAAAGAACAAAGAUGGUAUGAAAUAAAACCGGACAUGCAGAGGGUAAAGAGAAUAUAAGCAUGUAUGUUACACCCCAUUUAUUUAUACAUGUUCAAAUGUUGCUUUGUCUGAUCCAGUUAUUUGGCCACACCUCCUCAUUUGCAUGUAAAAAUUAAUGUAGCAUUACAUGUGUUUUUUCUUUCUUCUUCGUUUAAAAAAAAAAACACAUUUCUGAACUCAUUUGUAUUUUACAGUUUAUGGUUAUAGAAUGUGGUUUUGCAAGUGGUUCACAUGAUCAAAACCACAUUGGGUUACAUGUGAAACAUGAGACAUGUGGAACACGUGAAAUUAAUGUUUUGCACAUAGUAAAUGUUUAGAACAUUUUCAUGGUAAUUACAUGUGAAACCUGUUGGAUUACAUCUGAAACAUAUGUUGUUUCACAAGUGAUUACCAUGUCCCUAAACCACAUUUUCAUGUGCAAAAUACAGGUUUGACAUGUGCAAAAACCACGUGAGAUCACUCAUGAAACAAAGAUUUUGCACAUGGUUUUGAAAUAUUUCCAUAUUAUCACAUGUAAAUUCUCUGGCAAUGCAUGUGGAACCCAUGGGUUUCAUGUAUGGUUACUAAGAAAAUGUUCCAAAACUGCAUGUUUCCCAUGUGCAAAAUGUGUUCCACAUAUCUCAUGUUUCACAUGUGCAUACCCACAUGAGCUCACUUGUGUAACACUUGUAAGACAUAUGUGAAACACAUGAGAAAUACAUAUUUUGCACACGGAAAAGUCUUUCUGGAACAGUUUCAUGUAAAAAGUAAACUACGUGAGAUUGCAUGUGAGACCCAAGUGGUUUUGUAUGAUCAUGUUUUACAUGUUAAAAUAAUAUAAAACUUGACCCUACAAAACCACAUGAGUGUGAAUUUACAUGAAAAUGUUCCAAAACCACGUUUUCUAUGUGCAAACUAUGUGUUUUUAACAUAUGUUACCUGUAGUUUGCAUGUGCAAAGCUACAUAGGAAGUAUGCAAGUAACAGGUAUAUUUAUUGACAUUAUUUAGUGAAUAUUGUGUGAAAUGGCAUUCCAUAGGACACCAGCUCUGCCCUUCAAGCCAUACAUAGCUCUCUACAAACUCGUUAACAGGAUGAACACGCCUGCAACUUAGUCCUGACGGGGGAUAAUUAUUUUUUCUGUAAUGAGGCAGUUUUUCUCUCCAGUCGUUUGAGACUGUCCCAGGUGGAACUGUACAGAUUUUCACAUUUUAAAGGACAGAUGAGAUGAUUGAGGCUGAGAUUCAUGUCCAAGGAGAAACUUUAAAUUUUCAGUAAUGAACUCACUGAAAAAGUCAAUAAAAAUUUUUUUAUUUUUUAUUUUUUUUAGCUUUUUAAUGCUUCCUCAAAUGGUUUGAGUAUUAAAGGAAACACAAUUAAUGAUUAGUCCUCAGUGAUUUGUAAAAUUUUAGCCUAGAAUUAUGAUUCAGUUAUGUACACGUAGUUCUUUUUUUUCUCUUUUUUUUUGUCGUGGGUCACAUAUUUUAGCGUGUUUGCAUUUCAACUGUAUCUCCCACAGAGAUGAAAUGACCCAUAUUUUAUGUAAUCACAUUUAAUUUUCACAUGUUUUAUGUUUAAUGAUGAUUUUCAGCUGAGUGACCCUUUGCAAUAAUAAUGUCCGGCGCGGUCGCUCGGCGGCCAGUCGCUGCAGGCUCACGCGAGUGACUUGUAUUGUCAUGAUGUUGGUUUUUCACAGGAUGCCAAGGCUUUUUAUUUUCUUUUUCUCUUUUUUUUUUGGGCUUAUCGAGUGUGCAUUGUAAUAAUAAAACCAACUGGUACCUUA